CUUCAUUCUCACUCGAUUCUUCUCACGUUAUCAUGCACGCGCCCUGCCAAAAGCAAUAGGCCACAGUAGAAGAGACAGAAAGGAAAAAUGGCUGGCAUCAAUAAGAAAGAAUUCGAAGAACUACAAGUUGAUGGAAGUAACUAUCUAUCAUGGGCCAUGGAUAUGAAAAUAAAUUUGACUGGACGUAACCUUGGCCCUUGCAUUGCCACACCCCCUGAAAAUGCUCCAGAAAUACCACAAGUGGUAAAGUAUGUGGCAUUGCAUUUCAUAAGGCACCACCUCCAUCCUGAUUUAAAAACUGAAUAUCUGAUGGAAGAGGACCCACUAGCUUUAUGGAACUCCCUAAAGGAGAGAUAUGACCAACAAAGAGCAGUAAUGUUGCCAGAAGCCCAGAGAGAAUGGUCUCUCAUAAGGUUCCAGGACUUUAAGUCUGUGGCUGCAUACAAUUCUGCAGUGCAUAAGAUUAAUUCCAAACUAAGAUUUUGCAAUAAGCAAGUUUCAGACGAGGACUUAAUGGAGAAAACCUUAUGCACUUUCCACCCCUCGAUGAGGAUAUUGCAACAGCAGUAUCGUCAACAGAAAUACACAAAGUAUUCUGAGCUUAUACACACAUUACUUCAGGCUGAGAAGCAUGAUGAACUUCUCAUGGAAAAUCACAAUGCUCGCCCAACGGGCGCCAUGCCAAUCCCUGAAGCACAUGCUAAUGCUCAUUUUACUAGUAAAUUUGGAAACCGUAAACGGAAUUUCCGAAAAUUCAAGGGAAAGUGGAAAUCGAACAAUAGUCAUUUCAAUAAAAAUAACCAAAUUGACAACUCUCAAACUUGUCAAAGGUGUGGAUGUACGAAUCAUCGUACUAAUGAAUGCAAUAUGCCCGACCACCUCGUGGAAUUAUACAUGAAGUAUGGCAAAGAAGUCAAACAAGUUCAUGGAAACAAAGCUGAAGCUCACUUCAACGACAUACAAGACAACUCUCAAGUUGGUCCAUCUCAAAGUUCUAUUGAAGAAUUCAAGCCAAAGGAUGAUAUCAUCCUCGAUGAAGACAUGCUUGUGGACUACACCCAAGAUGUUUUUGGAGACCUCAAUUAAACUCCGUAAACACUUGAUGUCAUUUAGCCAUUAAAAAUACUACAAAAUGUUAUAUUGUAUAACAAUUAGUAGAAUAAAGUCUAUCAGACUAUGUAGAAUAAAAGUCUAUCAGACUAUAUAUAUUGUAUUGUGUGAAUCAGACAUAAUAUUGUAAUAAUUUA